GCUUCAUAAUCCUACUCCGAAAUAAAAGUCCGUCGUGCAGCACGUGGGCAGUUGCUGGAAAAAUAGAUCAGUAAAUGAAAAUGUAAAUAAGACAGGACGACCUGAAGUGGAAAUACUUCUCGUGGGACGACUAGAUUACUCACGAUUUAUUCUUCGAGCAAGAGUAAAAACAUGAUCAUAAUGUUGUUGUCCUACAUGAUGUCCUCACAGAGUAGAGCAAGCAGAUGCUUUCUUCAUCUUUCAGUGGGCUCGAUCUCCUUCCGGAGCAUUGUAGUCGCAACCUCAUCAAGAUCGGCAUCAACCGUACGAGGACAAGAACGGAUCACACGCCAACGCCGAGUCGAGUCAGCCGAAGCCACGAGGACUGCAACCCAUGCUGUUGAACGAGCGGUUCAACGAUUAUUUGCAUCAUCAUCUACUAUUUCUAGUACUAGUACAAAUGACGGCACUGAGACUGACGGAGAAGGAAGACGGAACGAAGCUGGCGAGCAGAAGUGGAAGUCAACGCCUUGUGAUGACCAUGUUACGUCGAGUAGUUUAUUACCUUUACCGCUUUCUCGCUGCCAUCUAGAUGUAGAUUUACAUUUUUGUAGGUAGUUACGAGCGUCGCUCUUAUCUGUCGAAAGUUGAACUGUUUUCGACUACGACUAUUCUCUAUAAUGUGGGUGGAGCAGAUGCAGACCUAACUAGAAAGACAAAAAACCGAAAAAAAGGAAAAGAAAUUCAAUCAAGUAGUUCUUAUCUACUACUAGUAACUAAAACUAAGCGCUGCCAACGGGCGCUGAUAGACGAGGUUAGUUGUACAGCAGCUACAACAUGCACGUCAUCUAAUUCCUUCACCUCCACCACCUCUCUGAACGCGUCAAAGUCCUCUGGCGGUUACGAUCUUUCCCAUCUUGAUGCCGAAAAAACCCACAACCAGAUGGUAGGCGGUCCUUUGCAGAAUGACGAGGCUUUGUUUCUCUACUCCCUAGUGCGGGGAAUGAGAAUGAAAAAAGUACUAGAAGGUAAGGCAAAGGCAUCAACCAAGAAUAAUAAGGAGGCAUCCACUUCCACCUCAGUUGGAGUUAUACUUGUAUUCUAGUACUAGGCGGACGCGGAUGCUUUCGUUUUCCUAAGAGUAAAAGAUCUUGCAGUCUUCCGCGAUGCGAACACGAUAGCUCUAACGAAAUAGGAGGUUUAGGUGGCUUCUCGGCUAAGAAUUUCUUAGCUGCUUUACCUGAAGACGGAACCAUGUUCAGUGUGGAUUUGAACAAAGUUCCAGCACAAGCUAAGAAUCAUAGGACGAUUCAGAAGGAUGUCGCUCUGCUCGAGCCUGCAGAUCUUCUACAGGUACAAGAACAAGCACAAGGGCAACCUUUAGACCUGUUGUUUUUCGACUGUCACGCUUACGAAGCUCAAGUAGCAGCUUACGAACGACUUAGGAAGGUGAAUUUGAUCGACGAUAAGACGAUCAUAGCGCUUCAUGACACCAACACGCAUCCAAACGAUCGCUUCGUAGGCAAAGGCUCCCUGAUGGGGACUGCACCUGCUAAAUAUCACGAAGAUGAAGAGACCACGUCCACGAAAGAUCUGGCUGUCGACGACAAGAAAAAAAAGGAAAAUGGUACCUACUUGUGAUGCAGAGCUUAUUUAUUCAGCCUAAAGCUAUAGAAGUUUUCUUUUACGUCUAGUCGUAGGUAUCUGCUCUAGUAUCCUUGUGAUUCCUACCCAGCCAGACGAACAUGAUGAUUCUCUCUUCACGUUGGUCCAAAUUCCAAAGAAAAUGCAUUACCUCCAACUACUACACAAGCAGGUUUCGUCCACCAAUGGGUUGAACGAGCUCUGACCAAUCUACUCAGCGAGAAGAAGGGCUAUCAUUGUUUCAACAUGCAUCCUCGGUUGGAGACGCAGGGACCGACAGAGGAGCCACGAUGCGACGAUAAGGGAUGUCCGUUUCGCCACGGCUUGACGAUUUGUCAGAAGCCAACGCAUUUGAGAGUCUUGUGAAGAUAGGAUUCACCUCCAUGAACAUCCGAUCGAUCCCAGAGUAUUCAUUGAGUUCCAAACACGGAUUAGAUGAACUUAAACCGAACAUAAUACGCACCAAUGCACAGCUUAUAUGAUACCCAAAAAUGCACAGAUGAACG